AAAAAAAAUUCAAGAUGGAAGACGAAAAUACACCACAUGUUCAAACAAAGUUUUUCACCAAACAAGCCCAAUAUUCAGUACCUGACACACCAUUUUCCGUUCCUGUGUCUGCUGGUGUUGAAGAGUUAACUUCUCUUAUUAAUGGGUUAUUGACAGGAGAUGAACCUCAGAAGGAAGAUACAGAAGUCAUUAAGUUUGAUUUUCUGGUUCAUGAAGAAUUUUUAAGGAAGCCUCUGAAUGAAUUUUUAGAUCAAAAAGAUAUCUCAUCUGAAACAGUUUUAGAAAUAGAAUAUCUUGAACACCAUCCAGCACCUCAACCUGAAAACUCACUUCUACAUGAUGAUUGGGUCAGCUGUUUACAAGGUUAUAGUAAAUAUGUUAUAUCUGGGUGUUAUGAUAAUACUAUUAGAUUAUGGAGCACAGAAGGAGAAGAAAUAAUGACUAUACCAGCACAUUCUGGCCCAGUUAAAACAGUACAAUGGAUCACACAAGACCCAGACGACAAAGCCCCAAUAUUUAUGAGUGGGUCACAUGACCAGACAAUCCAUAUAUGGCAAUGGAAUAUUGAAAAGAAAGAAGUGGAUUGUAUUGUGACCUGUAGAGGUCAUACAGAGAGUGUUGACUGUUUGGCUGUGGAUGCAGAAAAUGAAAGGUUUUGCAGCGGUUCGUGGGAUAAAAUGUUAAAAAUUUGGUCAUCAGCCUCAACUGCAGAAGAAGAUACAGCAGACGACAGUAACACCACAGCACCUAAAAAGAAAAAGAAAACAGACCAUAUUGUUCCUACUAGGGUUCCUAUAUUAACACUGUCAGGCCAUAAAGAGGCUGUAUCAUCUGCUUGUUGGCUGAACUCAGCAGAAGUGUGCACAGCAUCCUGGGAUAAUACAUUAAGAUUCUGGGACAUCAACCGAGCCUCAGAGAAAUCUCAAUUACAAGGACCUAAAGCGUUUUUCAAUAUUUCCUACUCAGCGUUAAAUGGUACAAUAGUUGCUGGUGGAUCUGAUAGAUUUGUGAGGUUGUAUGAUCCUAGAUCAAAUGAUGGAGCUGUGGUCAAAAGUGUAUUUUCUUCACAUAAAUUAUGGAUUGCUGGUGUAGCUUGGUCAUCAACCAAUGAAAACCAUUUUAUAUCUGGGUCACAUGACAGUCUGGUGAAAUUAUGGGAUAAAAGAAGUCCUAAAGCACCACUGUACGAUAUGGCUGGCCAUGAAGAUAAAAUACUCGCUGUUGAUUGGUCCUUACCAGAGUUAAUGAUGUCAUCGGGAGCAGAUAACAGCAUCAAAAUAUAUUCUUACAGUGAAACUAAACAAAAAAUUGGUGAUUCUUGAUUUCAAAUAAAUAUAAAUAAGCACUUUUUUUUGUGGAAAGACUUCCAAGCAAACUCUCGAUUGCACUGGCUGUGGCAUUUUUCUUGCCAUGAAUAACAAGUGAUUGCCUAGCGAGAUAUGCCCGCUUCUCUGAUAAAUUUUCAGUGUAACAAAGGCAAUUGUCAAAAUUCUAACUUGUCCCAAGAUUUUUAACCAACGUAAAAUAUCAUAAAAUUCUGACUUAAACUGCCAAAAAAUGAUGGAUUGGCAUACUUUAAAAUACAUAACAUUAUAUAAUUACGCAAAUUUUUUAUUGCAACAUGUUACAUACACAUAAUUAUUAUACAAACAAACUUAACACAAAAUAACACAUACACAAUUAUUAUACAAACAAACUUAACACAAAAUAACACAUACAUAAUUAUUAUACAAACAAACUUAACACAAAAUAACACAUACACAAUUAUUAUACAGACAAACUUAACACAAAAUAACACAUACACAAUUAUUAUACAAACAAACUUAACACAAAAUAACACAUACACAUAAUUAUUAUACAAACAAACUUAACACAAAAUAACACAUACACAUAAUUAUUAUACAAACUUAACACAAAAUAACACAUAAACUUAACACUGAAGACAUAUACACAUUUACACAAAAGUCCAAAUGAAAUUACACAAAUUUGAAAUUUCAUUCAGAAUAACACAACAAAAUGAUAAAUAUACUUAAGACAUCUACAUACAGACUAUUUGUUUGUAGUUUAAGUAAUAAUGAACCUUACACAACUAUACCUAUGUGAACUCUCUGAAAGGACCUUAAAAGAUAUCAAGUUGACAAACCUAAACACCAAAUAAACAAUACUUGCAAUGUAGACUCCCUGCAUGAGAUGUCAGAUUGAUAAAUCAUGUCUAAGAUUAUCUUGGUUACCUGGACUAGCUAAAUCUCAGUCUGUUUCAUUAAUUCUAUAGGAACUUUACACCAGAAUUUAAUUCUGAAAAGUAAUACAGGUAACUUAAAUUGAAGCAAUAAUUUAACCAUUUUAUUUUUACAAAACUGAAUUUGGGGAACAUAAUUUAAAAAUCUUGAAGCAUGAUUUAAUUCUAGUUUUUAAAGUGUCUCUAGACACUUUUAGCUUCUCUUCACACCUUUUGGCUUGAAUGGUAUUAACAACAGUGACAUCAUCUGGAAAAGUUUUCUGGAAUGACAAGGAACCUUUUCUAAAGAGAAAACAGGAUAAUAUAGAUUAUUGAUACAGUAUAAAAUAGAACCAAACACGUAAUAGGUCUUGGCUCAAUCAAUCUAAUUAAUCCUGUGAUAUUUUAGUCUACAUUGUAAUCUAAAUAAUUUUCUACCAAAG